UGUGACGCGUCUGUGAGGAUUAGCGGUUGUUCCUGUAAUGAUGCGUCAUGAGUGCGUAUAGCUAGUGUUUCGGUUGGCCAGUAGACCUAUGGGAGCGAUGUGUGUGGCGCAGAGGAGGCAGGGGAUGACUGCUGCCCCCCUCACUUCUCCACUGAGCCCUCAGGAGAGUGGAUGGAGGACUGCGUGGGGACUGUGCGCUGCGCGGUGAACUGCUUUUCUCUGAUGAACACCUCGGCAGGGAUUUGGAAACCAGCGGCCAAAUACGCACGGCAGCCAUGCAGACUGAGGACAUUUAGACAGGUAACCAUUUCCUGUUCAGGAGAGCUCUUUCGUAAGUGGCCGUUACUAGUGAUCUGAAGCCUGCUAUGGAGGACCUCUCGAGUCAAAAUGAGUCUGAGCACUGACAAUGUCACGAACUUGUGGCAAAAUGGUUCCUCGGGACUCGGCGGGAUCCCGAACGCUUCCAACUUCGCCAACAGCUCCGGUGGGAACCACACGGAGCUGCACCUCACGCGAGCCAUCCCGCUCGCCCUGGUGCUGGGGGCUUUCAUCGUGUUCGCCAUUGCGGGCAAUAUCCUCGUCAUCCUUUCCGUGGUGUGCAACAGGCACCUGCGGACACCGACAAACUACUUCAUCAUUAACCUGGCCAUCGCGGACCUUCUGCUCGGCACCACGGUGCUGCCGGUGUCCGCCACUCUGGAGAUUUUAGACUACUGGGUCUUCGGCAGGAUCUUCUGUGACAUCUGGGCGGCGGUGGACGUGCUGUGCUGCACCGCGUCCAUCAUGAGUCUGUGCGUAAUAUCCAUCGACCGCUACAUCGGAGUGAGCCACCCGCUCCAGUACCCGAGCAUCGUGACGGAGAAGCGGGCUCUGCUGGCCAUGCUCGGCGUGUGGAUGCUGUCGGUGGUCAUCUCCAUCGGUCCUCUGCUCGGGUGGAAGCAGCCGCCGUCGCCGGACGACACGAUCUGCCCCAUCACCGAGGAGCCCUUUUACGCGCUCUUCUCCUCCCUCGGCUCCUUCUACAUCCCUCUCAUUGUCAUUCUGGUCAUGUACUGCCGGGUCUACAUAGUCGCCAAACGCACCACUAAAAACCUGGAAGCCGGCGUGCUGCGUGAGAGGAUGAACUCCGGUGAGCUGACCCUCAGGAUCCACAAGGGUUCACAGGUGAACGAGGAGUCCGGCGGUUCGGUCACCGGAAAGGGCCGCGCGCACCAAGCGAGGAGUUCCCUCACUGUGAAACUUCUGAAAUUCUCCCGGGAGAAGAAGGCGGCAAAAACGUUGGGAGUUGUGGUCGGCAUGUUUACGCUUUGUUGGCUGCCCUUCUUCCUCGCCUUACCCAUAGGGUCUUUUAAUGAGAACUUGCGACCUCCUGCCGUCGUCUUCAAAGUCAUCUUCUGGCUGGGGUACUUCAACAGCUGCCUGAACCCCAUCAUCUACCCCUGCUACAACCGCGAGUUCAAGCUGGCCUUCAUCCGCAUCCUGCGUUGCCAGUGUCACCAGCGCAAGCAUCCCGGCUGGAAGGCGUACAACUACCGCUCCUCCAACCUCAGCUCCUCCGGACGCUCGCGCAAAGGCUCGGCGGAUCAGAACUCCAGCUUCCUGAACUCCAGCCAGCGCACGCUGCCCUCCUCGGCCAGCCCCAGCCCCAGCUACCUGAGCAAGGGCCUCCAACCUUGCCCCGAAGGGGAAACGUUGUACAUCUGGGGGGGCGCCACCCCAACUCCCUCCACACCCAACCUGCUGCCUGGCAACCCCGGAGAGCGCCAGCAAGGAGCGCCGAGGGGAGGGAGACCAGGCGAGGAGCCCACGGGGCGCAUUUUCUCCUUCUCCUUCGGGAGGAACAGAGAUAAGGGCGGGACCAACAGAGACGGCGUGGUGCCUGAUGACAUGGUGUGACAGCUCAGUGUCAGUGAGGUGUGGCUCCCUCCCUCUUAAGGGGGGGGGGGGGGGG